AUGGCGACAGGACUGGGGAGCCAGCCUGUCUCAGGGCAGGCCCAUGUGCCUCCUGAUGCCAAGAUGCCGCUGCUGCUGCUGUCCUUGCUGCUGGCCGGGUCCCAGGCUCAGGAUCUGGGAUUCGAGCUGCACGUGCAGGACUCGGUGACGGUGCAGGAGGGCCUGUGUGUCUACGUGCCCUGCUCCUUCUCCUACCCUCCCAUUGGCUGGACAGAGUCUACCCCAGCUUAUGGCUACUGGUUCGAAGAAGGGGCUGACUCAAAGACUGAUGCUCCAGUGGCCACAAACAAGGCAAAUCAAGAGGUGCAAACAAGGACACGAGGACGCUUCCAGCUCCUCGGGAACCCGCAGAGCCAGAGCUGCUCCCUGGUGAUCAGAGACGCCCGGAGGGAGGACAGGGGAGAAUACUACUUUCGGGUGGAGAGAGGAGGCUACGUAAAGUAUAAUUUCAGGAACGCGUUCUCUCUGGAAGUGACAGCCCUGACUCAGGAGCCGGAUGUCUACGUCCCGGAGACCCUGGAGCCCGGGCGGCCGGCGACAGUCAUCUGUGUGUUUGACGGGAACUUCGAGGAAUGUCCGGCCCCCUCUUUCUCCUGGGCGGGGGCCGCCCUCUCCUCCCGAGGAACCGGGCCCACCACCUCCCACUUCUCCGUGCUGAGCCUCACGCCGAGACCUCAGGACCACGACACCAACCUCACCUGCCGAGUGACCUUCCCCGGAAGCGGCGUGAGCACACGGAGGACCGUCCGGCUCGGCGUGGCCCACGCCCCCAGAGACCUGGCUGUCAGCAUUUCCUGGGACAACGGGCCAGCCCUGCAGCCCCAGGACACCGUCCCACGUGUGCAAGCCCAGAAAGGCCAGUCCCUGCGGCUCCUCUGUGCUGCUGACAGCCAGCCCCCUGCCACGCUGAGCUGGGUCCUGGGGCACAGAGUCCUGUCUUGGUCCCACCCCUGGGGCCCCAGAACCCUGGCGCUGGAGCUGCCCAGGGUGAGGGCUGGGGACUCAGGGAACUACACCUGCCGAGCGGAGAACAGGCUUGGCUCCCAGCACCGCAGCCUGGAGCUCUCUGUGCAGUAUCCUCCAGAGAACCUGACAGUGCUGGUUUCCCAAGCAAACAAGACAGUCCUGGAAACCCUCGGGAAUGACACGUCCCUCCUGGUCCUGGAGGGCCAAAGCCUGCGCCUGGUCUGCGUCACCCUCAGCAACCCCCCAGCCACGCUGAGCUGGGCCCGGGGGAGCCGGACCCUGAGCCCGUCCCAGCCCUCAGACCCUGGGGUCCUGGAGCUGCCUCGGGUCCAAAUGGAGCACGAAGGGGAAUUCACCUGCCGCGCCCAGCACGCCCUGGGCUCCCUGCACGUCUCUCUGAGCCUCUCUGUGCACUACCCCCCGCAGCUGCUGGGCCCCUCCUGCUCCUGGGAGGCCGAGGGGCUGCGCUGCAGCUGCUGCUCCCGAGCCCAGCCGGCCGCCUCCCUGCGCUGGCGGCUCGGGGAGGGGCUGUGGGAGGGGAACGGCAGCCACGGCCCCUUCACGGCCACCCCCAGCUCAGCCGGGCCCUGGGCCAACAGCUCCCUGAGCCUCCGAGGUGGAUUCAGAUCGGGCCUCAGGCUCAGCUGCGAGGCCCGGAAUGUCCACGGCGCCUGGAGCGGCACCGUCCUGCUGCUGCCAGACAGGAAGCGAGCCCGCUCGACAGCGCUCUUUACUGGAGUGUUUCUGGGAAUCGGCAUCACGGCCGUCCUGUUCCUCUGCCUCACUCUGAUCACCGUGAAGAUUCUAUGGAAGAAACAGACUGAGGCAGAGACUCCGAGGCCCGCGCUCUCACGGGGCAGCACGAUCCGGGAUUACAUCAACGUGGUCCCCAGGGCCGGUCCCCUGGCUCGGAACCGGAAGGCCACACCGACCACCCCUUCCCGGACCCCUCCUCCAGGCACUCCCUCCCCGGAACCAAAGAACCAGAAGGAGCUACAGCUUGUUUCCCUCGGUGGCCCAGGACCCAAAUUGUCCACUCAAGACCCAGAAUACGAGAACAACCAAGAGGAGCUCCACUAUGCUGGGCUCAACUUCCCGGGCAUCCGACCCAGGCCUGAGGCCCAGAGGCCCAAAGAUACCCAGGAGGAUUACGCAGAAAUCAAGUUCCACUGA